AUGGGCGCCUUGGGGAUUCUUCUUGAGCCCGCCGCGAUUGUGGUCGUCUUUACCACUGGCACCCUCAUCAACCGUCGCAAAUACAUCAGGUUCUCCGAGACACCUUGCGUUGAGACACCGUUGCUUGAGGACGAAGACUGCGAGGAUCUAAAACCAAGGAGGUCAUCCAAGGGUCGCCCUAACAUCCAAACACGAAUCCUCGCCCAUUUUCCGUUUCUUAUAGAGAUAUGGUAUUGGCUACUUACAUAUUGGAUCUACCAAGGAUUGCGCGCGAUCUCCGCCCGAGCGAUCAGCGACAAUGAACCUAUUUUUGAGACGGCCAGGCAUCAUGCGCAUCAGAUCCUCAGUCUAGAACAUUUCUUCCACCUAGAUGUCGAGCUACGGGUUCAACGGUUCGUCCUCAAUCGCGUGCCGUGGCUAACGGCUGUUCUCGCUAGAGUAUACUACUCGCACAUUCUAUUGGGCGUCGUCUUCAUCGUCUAUGGCUAUACUUUCUUCCAACGAGAGAAGUAUCAAGGGGUCCGCCGCACUCUGGCUCUCGAAAAUGUGAUAGCAUUUACGAUCCUCACUCUUUGGCGAUGCAGUCCGCCGCGACUACUGCCGGAGGAGUACGGCUUCGUUGAUAUUCUGCAUAGCAACAGUGCCGGCUCCGCUUGGACACAAAACAAGUUCCAGCUCACAAUUGCAGCAAUGCCUUCGCUUCAUUUUGGUAACUCUGUUUUCAUUGCUCUGUGCUUGUUGCGAUACAGUCCCCACUGGUUCAUUCGCCUGGUUGCGCCGCUCUGGCCCAUGAUGAUGGGCCUGACAAUUGUCGCAACGGCAAACCAUUUCCUUUUGGAUGCCCUCGUUGGAGUUUGCGUGACCUUGACGGCGUUUAGAUUCAACCAUGCCAUGUUGGUUUUGUUACCGAUGGAGCGGGCAUUGUUCAGGUUGCUUCGCAUUGAGAAGCCGGAGCAAUAG